AUGAGCUCCCUCCACGAAAAAGUGCUGACAAGAUGGUCCAAGAGCAAGGUGUCCUUUGACUACAGACGCGCCCUGGAAUUGGUCAACCAAGGCCCUGCCUCCAUGAGCGCGAAGGACAUGCUCGACUGGGCAACCAGCCACCCCUUCCUGAAGCUGCGGCGCACGCUGGUUCCCGACGGCAUCCUCCCCUGCGAGGCCCACAUCAUCGAUAUCUCCAUCAGACCGCCCAAGAGGAGGGGCCGAGGCCCGCGCAUCCUCGACGACGACGUCUACGACGCCUUCCCUCCGCUCCGGAAGUACGUGGCUCGAGGCCUUUGCGUGCUGGAGACCAAGGACGGCGCUCGCGGAGCGUGCCAGUACCAGAUCGUGAUCUCGGCCAUGAAGAAGUUUACCGGCGGACCCGGCGACGAUGACGACCUGGCCGAGUUCUCCGAUGAGGACGACGGUGCCGAUACGAACACGCUGCGGGCGCGCUGGCAGCACUACUUCACAGAGAGCAGCGACCACGCGGUGCGGCUGAUCGACUCGUCGAAGGAGAACGGCGACUCGGCGCACAUGGGCGUGGCGCGGGUCGGCGGCGCCAUCUUCCCCGUGCUCGGGAGCAAGCUGGUCCACAUCAUCGUCGGCACCGCCGACCACGUCGAGCUCUACCCCGAGGCCGAGUUCCGCCACGCCAAAGGAUUGGCGCGUGCGUUCUUCGAGACACAGGUCUCUGGGCGGGUGGGCGAGGCCAAGUUCCGGGAAUUCCUGGCGACGAUGAGCGCCAAGCACUACACGGCCACGUUCGAGUACCUGGACGUCGGCCACCAGCACGUGGAGCUCUUCGCCUUCCCGCGCUCCACGUUCCGCUUCAUCGCCUUUACCUCGACCAGCGACGUGUCCCUCCUCUGCUGCGACAUCGAAGCCGGCGUGGAGAUGGCGGCGCAGGCCGGGUUCGAGACGAUGAAGAUCACCGCGCACGACGCCAAGGACCAGGACGCCCUCUUCCAGUCCAUCCGCCAGACCCACGGCACCGAGGGCAGCGUCGUCUACUACCUCAACGCCGACAACAAGGUGAUCGGGAUGGUGAAGAAGAAGAGCGUGUGGUACAUCCUGGUCCGAGCCUUCCGCGAGAAGAUGAAGGGCCUCCGCAGCCGCGUCGUGCGCGCGGUGGAGAGCAACCACCUGGACGGGCUGGAGAAGGCGACGGCCGACGUGAAGCGCUCGGUGCGCAAGAUGCUGCGGCAGAAGCAGGAGUGGCUGGGCUUCUCCGAACGCGUGAAGGCCGCCUGGGAGGAGCUCGGCAUGCGCCUCUGUGACUGGCUCGUCGCACAACUUCGCCAGAGAAAGCUGGAACCGAGCGAGGUGGGAGACAUGUGGCCGCUGGUGUGGAACCGCUUCUUGCGCGAGUGCAAGCAGUCCGACGUUAUCAGCCUCGACGGCGAGGCCCUCUAA